AUCUCCGUCCUCAAUCACUCAACCAUAUCUCUUUCACAUUUACUUGUCAAAUUAGAACUCUUCAUCGUACAACAUCUAAAGCUCAUAAUAAUAUGUCUGCACCUAACCCGCUUCCCUCAUACAUCUACAAAAUCCUCCCAAACACUCCAACCUACCAAGGCACACCACAACCCAUCCCUUCAUCCUGGGUCUUCCCCAAACCCCAGCUCGACCUCACGAGCGGAUACGUCCAUCUCUCUCCCCGUAACCAGCUUCCCACCACGCUCAAUCGAUUCUUCAACUCUGACGCGGAUAAAACGGACCAGUUGCUGAAGGUAGAUUACAAGAAGCUGAGCACCUGGAAGAAGGUCAAUUGGGAGAGGACAAGCAGUGGGGACGUAUUCCCGCACUUGUAUGCCGAUUUGGAGGGAGAGUAUGUUGUUGGAUUGAAAGUUAUUGAGAGAGAAAAUGAAGAAAAGGGAGGUUGGGAGGGCACACUGGGGAAGCUAGAGGAGGAGGGAUGGUUGGAGGAUUGAUAAGAGAGAUUCAAAUAGUUCUCAGAUACUAUGACUUACAUCUGCAUUCAAAGCAACAAUAAGACAAAGAAGCAGUCCUGUACAGUAAAUAUUACGUUCAUUUAGUAAUGAAGAAAGUGAU